CUCCUCCUCCUGUGUGGCUGACUUGACUGUGGCAUGUCAGACUGAGCCAGUCGUCCAGGGGAGCGCCAGCCAGCCAGCAGGUCUUGACUGUUGGUGCGGAUAUGAGAGGAAGUCAGAUGCGUUAACCCUGGUAGCCACCCGGUGUACAGGCCGCUGUACAGCAGCAUCCAUCUGAGCGGGACUGCCCGACCGGCCCGGCGGCUGCUGUCGCUACCUAAAGAAAGUGUGUAGCUUAGCUGGCUAACCUCAACCCGCUUCACUUCGCCAGUUUAAGGCGGUUUAAGGGACGAACCGUGCGUGCGUGUGUGUGCGUGUGUGUGCGUGGAGAGAGCGGGGCCUCCGGCUAGUACGACUCGGUUUACAGCUGACCUGGAGAGCUCAACACCCCGGUUUAUUUCCCCCGUAGCGACAUCCUGCUGAGAUGGACAACCUAAGUGAAGCCCUGGAGAAGCUGAAGCUAGCGUCUACAGACAGCGCCACGGACAGUGUGGAGAGCUGCCUGGACUGCCUGCUGAAAGCACUUGCCAACAACAACACUGAGGCCAGUAUGAAGAUCCAGGAAAUGGGCGUCCUUCCUCUGCUCCCCACCCUGCUUAGCCCCCAGUCUUCCUGCACCCCUAAAGUAGCCAACAUCAUAGCUGAGGUGGCCAAAAAUGAGUUCAUGCGGAGCCCCUGCGUCGAAGCCGGCCUCAUCCCUCCUCUAAUUCAGCUGUUAAACUCCACCGACCAGGAGGUUUUACUGCAGACUGGCCGAGCUCUUGGCAACAUCUGUUAUGACAGCCAUGAGGGCAGGAGUGCAGUUGACCUGGCAGGAGGGGCUCAGAUAGUAGCUGAACACAUUAAAUCCCUCUACCAAAAUACUGAGCCGGAAAAUGAGAAGCUCUUGACUGUCUUUUGUGGCAUGCUGAUGAACUAUAGCAAUGAUAAUGAUUCCUUACAAGCCCAGCUCAUCAAUAUGGGUGUGAUUCCCACUCUGGUGAAGCUGCUAGGCAUCCAUUCCCACAACACAGCCCUGACAGAAAUGUGUCUAAUUGCCUUUGGGAAUUUGGCUGAGCUUGAGUCCAGCAAAGAGCAGUUUGCCUCCACCAAUAUCGCAGAGGAGCUGGUGCGUCUUUUCCAGAAGCAGACAGAGCACGAGAAGAAGGAAAUGAUUUUUGAGGUUCUGGCUCCACUCGCAGAAAAUGAUGUGAUAAAGCUGCAGCUGGUGGAGGCGGGCUUGGUGGAGUGUCUCCUGGAGGUGGUGGCUCAGACUGUGGACGGUGAGAGGGAGGAGGACAUCGCCCAGCUUAAGACUGCCUCUGACCUCAUGGUUCUCCUGCUGCUUGGAGAUGAGUCCAUGCAGAAGCUGUUUGAGGGAGGGAAGGGCAGCGUCUUCCAGAGGGUCCUGUCCUGGGUUCCAUCUCAUAACCAUCAGCUGCAGCUCGCCGGAGCUCUGGCCAUCGCUAAUUUUGCUCGCAACGAUGGGAACUGUAUCCACAUGGUGGACACUGGUAUCGUACAGAAGCUUCUGGAGCUGCUGGAUCGGCAUGUUGAGGAAGGCAACGUCACUGUUCAGCACGCAGCGCUGAGCGCCCUGCGGAACCUGGCCAUACCUGUGGUGAACAAAUCCAAGAUGCUGUCAGCUGGAGUAGCUGAUGUGGUGUUGAAGUUUCUGCAGUCAGAGAUGCCUCCAGUCCAGUUCAAGCUGCUGGGAACGUUACGGAUGCUCAUCGAUACACAAGCUGAAGCUGCAGACCAGCUGGGAACCAAUGGGAAACUGGUGGAGAGGCUAGUAGAGUGGUGUGAAGCCAAAGAUCACGCGGGAGUUAUGGGCGAGUCCAACAGGCUCCUGUCGGCCCUCAUUCGACACAGCAAGUCCAAGGAGGUCGUCCGAACGGUCAUCCAAGGAGGAGGCGUCAAGCACUUAGUUACCAUGGCAACCAGUGAGCAUAUGAUUAUGCAGAAUGAAGCGCUGGUGGCUCUGGGUCUCAUAGCAGGGCUGGAUUUGGUUGCGGCUGAGAAAGACUUUGUCGGAGCCAGCCUGGUGUCGGUGCUCCACAAGCUGCUGUCAGAUGAGAGGAGCGCACCGGAGAUCAAGUACAACUCUAUGAUCCUCAUCUGCGCUGUCAUGGGCUCAGAGCCUCUCCACAAAGAAGUCCAGAGCCUGGCCUUCAUCGACGUGGUGUCCAAGCUGAGGGCUCAUGAAAACAAAACGGUAUCGCACCAGGCGUCGCUCACAGAGCAGCGAUUAACUGCCCAGAGCUAAAUGACUGUGUCCAACCCCACCCACACCAACACCCAAAUCCACACCCACCCAAAUGCCUGCCUGUCCACCCGAUAACACCUCAUGACUGCUCUCCCCGUGCCCCAUCGUCAUGUGCCAAGGUACCAUGUCGCGUUAACUGCCAGCCAGACAUACGUCACGUCCCCUCCCCCUCCGACCCUCUACCCCACCCACCUCCACCAGGGUUAGACUGAUGUGGAUUCAGAACGCCAAACGGUGCACUUCUUUACAAAUCAUAAAAUCUGAGCAUUUUCUAAUUAAUUGAUCGUUUGGAUUAGAAGAACUGGCCCAUAUCGAAGACUUGUUAGGGUGGGGAAGCCUCUGAAACUGUUUUUAGACUUGUGUGGGACACCAAACUCUCCUGUGAAAGCCAUAAUAUGAGAUUUAUUUAGGUGGGUUAGCAGGUCCUUAAGGCAGGGGGAGGCAGGUUCACUUCAAGCUUUCAGACGGACACCCCGUCGACGCUCCAUCAGUCUAACCCCGGUCCCCACCUCUACUUGUGCAUGCAUCUUCUGCUACAAGUAAGCUCCACAGGAGCCGAGGCGCCAUAGACAGCCUAACGCAAUAGAUAAGAGACGACACUCUUUUACGACCAUAGCUGUGAUACCAUCCGCCGGUAACCCACCAGUGAAAAAUGUGCACAAAAGAACAAAAAAAAAACAAAAACACCCUCUUCUUCCUGUCGUGAUUUUUCUUUCAUUUUUAAGAAAAGCAGCCAUCCAUGAUGUGCCCAGUCGUGUCCCAUGUAGCUCGAGUAUAAAUUGACUAGAAACUGUGCAUGUUUUAGUCCUGUUGAAGGUGUGACCGUGUUCAUUUUACCGCUUGCAUACUCCAAAGUGCAGCCUGCCCUCCUCCACUGACACCUCCACUUUAGUUUUGCACUCUUCUUCUUCAUGAGGACUUGGAUCGAUAGAUUUUAUCUGAUUUUUUUUUUUUAUUCCACGGUUGUCCAAACACAUUCCCCCUCCCCACCCACCUCCAACAUGUGUGCAGUGAAAGUUAAGAGGCUCCACAAGCCUCCACCCGUCACUGAGAGAGAACCAGGUGAAGCGAACCCAGUGGAGAGCAGCGCUGUAGUCAGGUCUACGUUUGUGAGUCCAGUUCAGCUCCAACACCGAGUGCAAUUAGGGGGAAAUAACCUCUGCACGAGCUCUCUUAGCCCUGAUCCAGGACCGCCAUGCUGCGUAUGAAGGUCUUCCGUCUGAAAUUGGACAUUUCAGUCGCUGACAGAAAGAUUUUUAGGAAUAUUAAGCCACCACAUAGUCAAAAAUCUUCAGAAACGGUCAGGUGGGUCCAAAGUAACAGAAACGUGAUUUCGUCAACACAAACGCAUCAAAUCAAGAUCUUUGACUUCACAUUCUUGGUACUGACUGACUUCAACCUUUCUGGCUCAAACUGAAUCAUAUUUUUUCAUCACGUUUUGUUACUUUGCAGCCACCUGAGCGUUUUCUCCAUCUUCUAGUUUAAAGAUUCCAUAUUUAACAUCCACCCAGUCGAUGCACUGUAGUUUUCCUCGAUCAUAGUUGGACACUUUGCAUCCCAAGAUCAAAGUCUCGUUUACACUGUGGACAAAGUUCAAGAAAAUAUCGACAAAAGUUUAUUUUUUAAUAUUUUUGGAUGGAUAGAGGUGGUAGAGGAAACUAUGAAGAGCAGCCGAGAACAAGUUGAAGUCAAAGUAGGUGUGAGAGAUGAAGAAUUCAGAGAUGUACAAGUACAGCAGCCCGGAAACAAGAUUCACUCUGACAGAACCGGGCCUUGCUGUGCUCUGUGAGGGAGCCACCAUUCCUCCCUGUGUGUGUAUGUGUGUGUGUGUACAGUUUGUAUGUGUGUGUUGUGAAUACACAGCUUGGGGAAAAGGCAGCGUGGAGAAGCCUAGGAUCAUGUGAGAACUAGUAACUGAACACAGACACACAACAGUCACUGUAUUUGACCCAACCCCACCCAACCACCACCAUCACCACAGCAGCACCACGCCCCCCAGAGGACAGGUCCCUCAUCACAUGUGACAGCUGGUUCUUCUAGUCAAAGGGAUUUCUGCUAACGUGCACAUCUCAGCAUGUCCGACACUGUACGACACUCUGUUAACAUGCCACGGUGUGUUUCCUGGUCUGGGCCCACGCUUUUUUUUUAAAGGUAUGAAUGGUUAUUUAUCAGAUUUGUGCUCUUCUUAAAGACACAUGCCAGUGGAGAUGUAUCCAUAGUAACUGCGUAAAAUACUAUAAACUUAAAUGUUUGUUGUAAAUGUCAUGAGUUGUACAUUUGGAGGAUUGUAACUCAGCAGAUAAUUAAAAGAUGAUAGCUGGUGA